AAAGAGAAUCGGAGAGGGGAGGAAGACAGAAGGGGAAUCUGAGGGAGAGGAGGAAACAGCGUCGGUGGGGACAGAGAGAGAAGGAGGAAGAGCUUGAGGGUGAGGGAGAGAGAGGGGGAGAGAACUAGACGAAAACCUGGGGAGGAGAGACUCUGUAAAUCUGAGCGAAAAAGAUCUGGAACAGAAACAGUAAGACUGGAAGGGAAAUGCUGGGGGGCGGGUAAAAAAUGAGUGAGAGGAGACUGGGAGAGACAGAUUAGAGACUGAGAGACAAGGUGAGGCCAGAGACAGAGACGCUCUGAAAGAAAGGGAAGAGUGACCAGAAGAGAGGAGAGACGAAAAGAAAAGCAAAACGCGUGUGAGUGAGCAGGUGAGAAGGGAGACAGGUCUGAGAGGUCGUCCCCCAUCCCGCCAGAAAAGGAGGGACACUGCAGCUGGGGGCCCCAGCACUCACACGGCCCUCUUGCCCCCGCCCUUGGGACCUCAGAGCUGCCCUUGAUGGAGGAGGGCAGACCUCGGAGCAGCCUCAGCCUGGCCAGCAGCGCCUCCACCAUCUCCUCGCUGGGCAGCCUGAGCACCAAGAAGCCUACCAGGGCAGUAAGCAAGGUGCACGCCUUCGGGAAGAGAGGCAAUGCUCUCCGAAGGGAUCCCAACCUCCCGGUGCACAUCCGAGGCUGGCUUCAUAAGCAGGACAGCUGCGGGCUCCGGCUCUGGAAACGCCGCUGGUUCGUCCUCUCUGGCCAUUGCCUCUUCUAUUACAAGGACAGCCGCGAGGAGAGCGUCCUGGGCAGCGUCCUGCUCCCUAGCUACACUAUCAGGCCAGAUGGGCCAGGAGCCCCCCGAGGGCGGCGCUUCACCUUCACCGCCGAGCACCCAGGCAUGAGGACCUACGUUCUGGCCGCUGACACUCUGGAGGAUCUGCGCGGCUGGCUGAGGGCGCUGGGCCGGGCCUCGCGUGCAGAGGGGGACGAUUGUGGGCGACCCAGGUCACCCGCACGUCCCCAGCCCGGAGAGGGCCCUGGCGGCCCCGGUGGUCCCCCGGAAGUGAGCAGAGAGGAAGAGAGACACGGCUUAGAGUCACCAGAGGUGGCUCGGCUCUCCAGAGGUCGUGGACGGUCCGGGCUGCUCACCCCUAGCCCCACAGCCGACCUCCAAUCUGGACCUCGGAUCCGGAGGACCAGGAGCCCGGACCUAUUCACAGCCCUCUCUCGCCCUCCCUCCCCUCUGAGUCUCCCCCGGCCCCGGUCUGCUCCUGCACGCAGACCCCCUCCAUCCUCCAGUGACAUAGCACCUCUUGCCAGACCCCAUACCCCUCUGAGUCGCAUUGAUGUCCGGCCUCCCCUGGAUUGGGGCCCUCAGCGCCAGACACUCUCCAGGCCCCCCACUCCCCGGCGAGGACCCUCCUCUGAGCCUGGGGGAGGAAGGCCCCCCAGGAGUCCCCAGCACUGGAGUCAGGAGGCCAGAACACAGGCUCCCUCUGGCUCCUCCACAUAUCUCCAACUACCCCCGAGAGCUCCCGGGACACGGGCUUCCAUGGUUUUAUUGCCAGGUCCCCCCCUGGACUCAAGUUUUCCCCAAAGCUUAGAGACAGAUACUCUGUUGACCAAGUUGUGUGGGCAGGACCGGCUCCUGAGGAGGCUGCAGGAGGAGGUAGACCAGAGGCAGGAGGAGAAGGAGCAGCUAGAAGCUGCCUUGGAGCUGACCAGGCAGCAGCUGGGCCAAACCAGAGAGGCUGCGGCUCCAGGGAGGGCAUGGGGGCACCAGCGCCUCCUGCAGGACCGACUGGUCAGUGUGAGGGCUACUCUUUGUCACCUGACUCAGGAGCGAGAGCGGGUUUGGGACGCAUACAGCAGUCUGGAACAGGAGCUGGGCACCUUGAGGGAGACCCUGGAGUACCUGCUACACCUUGGUUCCCCCCAGGACAGAGCAUCUGCUCAGCAGCAGCUAUGGAUGGUGGAAGACACGCUGGCAGGUCUGGGAGGCCCACAAAAGCCACCCCCCAACACUGAACCUGACUCCCCAUCCCCCGCACUCCAAGGCGAGGCGUCAUCAGAGAGGGAGAGCCUGCCUGAGUCCUUGGAACUGAGCUCAUCCCGGUCCCCUGAGGCUGACUGGGGACGGCCCCCGGGGGGCGACAGAGACCUCUCCAGCCCUCGCUCAGGUCUUGGAUCUCCAAGGGUCUCCCGGGCCUCCAGCCCCGAGAGUCGCCGGCCGGCUUCCCCACAACCAGGAACCAAGGCCCCCCUCGCCCGGCCUCGGAUGAGUGCUCAGGAGCAGAUGGAGAGAAUACGCAGAAACCAGGAGUUUGGACGGCCUCUCCCUCGCCCGGCCUCGCCCCGGCUUCUCACUCUGGGGGGGACGCUGUCCCCAGCCAGACGCCAGCCUGACACAGAACCGAGGGUGAAGGGAACAGAGGGUGCAAGGAAUGCAUGUAAAGUUAAACAUUGUCUCUGGGGCGAUUUCAUUCCCUCUCUGAGCCCCCUUCAUUUCACCCUCAAAAUGAGAACGUGGGCACUUCCAGUCCGAGGAAUACCACCCCUUAUUUGCCGACAGCCGAAGGGCACCGGGAGAGAGUCCUCAGCCUCUCUCAAGCUCUGGCCACGGAGGCAUCGCAGUGGCACAGAAUGAUGACGGGUGGAAACUCGGACUCCCGAGGAGACCCUCUUCCCCCUGCGCCACCGCCUCCGUCAGACCCCACCCCCCAGGUGACCUCGCCCCCAAGAUCUCCAGUGGCUAAUUCCCGCUCCGCCGGGUUCUCCCGCCGAGGUAGUGGGCGCGGCGCAGGCCCCGCCUCCUGGGAGCCCACGUGGGAAUCCGGGACCGCCCCCCCCGCCAUGACCCAAGAGGAGGGGGCGUGGCCUCUGCGAGUCACGCUGCUGCAGUCCAGCUUCUGACCCGCCCGAGCGCCGCAGCCCGUCGGAGCGUGGGGGCGGGGCCCGGAGGAACCGCCCCGCGAUCUGGAGCCACUCAGGGCGCCUGGGGGCGUGGUCUGGUCCUCGUUGGCUUGGGGAGGGAGACGUUUCUAUGGCCAAAGUUUGGUUUUCCCAGCACUUGUCCAAAUUCGGAUUAAAACUUUGAACUUUUA